GCCCCUCUGCAGCCCCAGAAGGCAUGGAGUGAGUACACACACUCCUCUGACUUGUGGGAGAGGCCCCUCUGCGAGGCUUUGAAGAACUCGGGAGGCUUCUGGAUCUGGCGCCCCCCCCUCUCGCCCGAAUGUUUCCGUCCGCGCCGCGCCGCCCCGCCCCGACGCUGGCUAGUUGCUGUUUGAUGGGCGCUCGAGGUACACGUCGCUAGGGCCUGGGUGUCCGGAGUGAGUCGAUCCGCGCGCUGCUGCGGACUGGGACCCACGACGGCCUGAGCAGCCAAGGGUCCUGGCCUCCGGGAUUCCGUGCCCCGGAUAAACUGGGAUCACGGAUGCACCGCGCGCCGCGGGUGCCCGAGCACCCUUCCAGAGGAGUCCAGACCUGGUGGGGGGAGCACUGAGGGUUACAGCCAGCGACCGACGUCUGGGAGCCAAGAUGCUCAGCUUUGUAGCUGUAACUUACACGUGUGAUGUCACCGUUUGAAGCCUCAGUUUUGUCAUCUGUACAAUGGGUGUAAAGCUACUUCACACGUCCGAUGGGAGGAUUAAAUGAGACAAUGUUUCUAAAGGUCUUCGAAGGAGGGAGCCCUGGAGGCAGGGCCUGGUGGGCAGAGCAUGCCUGCUGUCACCUGGGACCAUGGGCAGCAUGAAGACCCCGGUGGAGCUGGCCAUCAGUGGGAUGCAGACCCUUCACCGCCAGCGCCGCUGCCGGGGCGGCUGUCAGGUCAAGGCCAGGGCCUCAUACGUGGAUGAGACUUUGUUUGGCAGCCCCUCAGGCACCCGGACCACACCGCCAGACUUUGACCCACCCUGGGUGGAGAAGGCCAACAGAACCAAAGGAAUGGGCAAAGAGGCUUCCCGGGCUUCGGGGAGCUGUGAGACCACCUCCUCCAGGGGCAGCACCCCAACCCUCACACCGAGGAAGAAGAACAAGUACAGGCUGAUCAGCCACACUCCGUCUUACUGUGAUGAGUCACUGUUUGGCUCCCGACCAGCGGGCGCCGGCCUGGAGGCCCCCUGGAUGGCAAAGGGGGAUGCUGCAAAACUCCAUGCCCUCUGCUGGACACCCCCGGCAACCCCUAGGGGCCACUCACCCCACCCCAGGGAGACCCCCCUGCGUGCCAUUCACCCAGCUGGUCCCUCAGAGACAGAGCCCAGGGCAGGGGCGGACUCCCACCCUGGGCAGUCGUCCAGGGGUGUGUUAGAUUCUCCCCGCCCAGCGAGGCGGGAGCGUUCCCACUCCCUCACCCACCUGGCUGUCCCCGCCACUGGCCGCCCACCCACCAGUGGCCCCCACACCAAUGGGCCUCGGGAUCCCAGGCCUUCCUCGCUGGGGGUGACCUUCCGGAGCCCCCUGGUGACCCCCAGGGCUCACUCAGGCAGUGUUUCUGUGCCAGCUACCCCCCGACGAGGCGGGGCCACCCAGAAACCAAAGCCCCCUUGGAAGUGAGUUUCUUUUUAGAGAGGGAAGGGAGGGAUAAAGAGAGAGAGAGAGAAACAUCAAUAUGCGGUUGCUAGGGGCCGUGGCCUGCAACCCAGGCAUGUGCCCUGACUGGGAAUUGAACCUGCGAUGCUUUGGUUCACAGGCCGGAGCUCAAUCCACUGAGCUACACCAGCCAGGGCUUGGAAGUGAGUUCCUUGGCCCUUUCAUCAGGUUCCC